AUGCCUGAAUCAAUACCUUUCACUGUAAGUUUGGCACCGGGAGUCUACCUGGUCACAUCCUCGUCGCCACAGCUUUCUGCAAUCAUCGACGGAAUCGUGCACAUCCAUGCCUCUUGCAUCCUGCACGAUGGUACGCUCGCGACAUUCCUCCCGCCCUUGUCCCACGCAGCGCUGUACAGCUGGUGGGAAGAUCGACUGAAAGAAGUCACCGAAGGUGGUCGACAGCUUAUCGUGUGUUUGUCGGAGAUAUCAAAUCGGACGGCAGUGAUUGAACCUCAACUCGAAGUUUCCGGCGUAGUCAGCCUCAACACUCCCUUUUCACAGACAGGGCCAUUUCGGGCGCUCGUCGAGAAACUCUUCGUCUCUCCGCUACACCGUCGCCGGGGUAUCGCACGGCGCGUGAUGGCGCGUCUGGAGACCGUUGCUCUCCGUCUUGACCGUUGGAAUCUCAUGCUCGAUACCACUGUAGGCACGGAGGCGGAGGAAGUGUAUCCUCGCCUAGGAUAUCAGAAGCUCGGUGUGGUCUCGGAGUAUGGGUAUUCGCCUGUUGAUGGGAGGUUGGUGGAUGAAGUGUGGUUCUGGAAGGAUUUACGGCGGAUGAAGGUUUUGCAGGAAUAA